AUGCCACCGUCAUCCAUUGCUUUGACUUCACAGACAGAGACUAACUCUGAAGGAGCGUUGGCGCCUAACGAAAAUAGCAGCGACUCGAAUGCAAGUCAAGGUAGCUCUCUUUCACGUGUUCGCCAAAUAAGCUCACGGAACUAUGAAGAAGUACUUAGACGGCUUCCAAGCUCGCCAAAAGAACUCAUACAACGCAUAGAUCGUCAGCGAAACGAGAUACGACUCCUCCAAGAGGAAAAUCUGAAACUUAAAUCACGUGAAUUAGAAGUGUCGUCACUGACGCUGAAGCUCCAGCAGCAGCUCGCUGCGACGCAGAGUCAGGUUGCAAGCUUAAAAGCAAACAUCCAGCUCCAGUUAGCAAACCCGAUAACGAAGGAAGAAUACAACUCCAUUGAGGCACUUCCAGAGGCCAAACGAGAUCUCCUUGAUACGGUAAAACUUGGCGUAUACCGGCAGCUAGGCUCACUUCAGGCAAGCUCACAGGCGGCGGUAAGGCGCGCUGCUGAACUCGGGACGUCAGUGGACCAACUGAAUGAGGAAAACAGGGAUUUGAAGGUUCAAAUUGCAGAACUCCAAUCAACUCUGGAUUUUGAGAAGAAGCGCUGCUCUAAGGAACUAAUAGAAGUCGGUAAUCAGCGGGCCCGCAUACUUGAGUUAGAGACCACUGUUAAGGAUAUGGAAGGACGAUUGAAAGGUGCUUUCCUAGAUCAGGAGCAGUUCCUCACGGCUAAGCUCACGGCACAGGUAAAGACCGACGAGGUUGCACGCCUUUCCAUCCAAUUAGAAGAAGCAGAGUUGGACUCACAGCGCUACAAAGCCAACGCGGAGUGCAGCGAGCAAAAGCUAGACAUUCUCAAGUCCGAAUACUACGAGCUAAAACUCCACUACCGUCAGCGGAUCCUCGAGCUGGAGAGCGCUUUACAAGCGGCGAAUGAAAAGUUAAAAGCCUUGGGUGAUCUUGAGAUGGAGUCGGAGCUUUUUAUCUCGAAUCUCGCGGCGGGGAUCCCGGAGCCCGGGGUUGGUGCUUCCGUUGGAUCCCCGUUUUUGGUCCCCCCUUGCGGGGAGGGGGAGGUCACAAAGGAAGGGGUAGGAGGUGGGGUGGACCCCUCCAUGUGGAUCGCUCUCCCCCCUUCUCGCAAACUCAGCCACGCGUUAACCGUCACGCGGCGCUGCCUGCGGCUGGAGAACGACCUCGUCGCCCUCCGCCACGACGUCGCGGCGAAGGAUCGGCAGCUCACGAGCCUCCGAAACGCCCUCGAGGCCGCUCGUGCCGCGCUCAACAACUCCGGAAGCCCUUAUACGCUUCUGGAGAAACGCGUGGAAGGGCUCGCUGAGGAGAACGACAGGCUGCGGGAGCGGCUGGAAAGGGGGGAACGGGAGCGCGCGGAGCUCACGGAGCGGCUGCGACGACGGACGCAGGAGGUUGAGCGGCUCGCUGCCCACCGUGAGGACCUCCGCCGGAUGAAAGCCCUCCUCGCGAAGAUCACCACCCCGGGCGCGGAAAAUACGGAAAACGUGAAGAAUGUGAUCAACGUGAAAAGCGUGGGAAUCGCUAAAAACGCGGAAGACCGCAAGGGAGGGGCGGGCGCCACAGUGGCGGCAGCGCCAGCUCGUGCGUUUUCCGUGGAGGAGGUGGCGGCCUCCGGCAGCGCUGCGUGCCCGGACGCGUUCGGGGCGAUCCAUAUCACCUCCUGA